UUUAGUUUCCUCUUUUAUUCACUUCGUCGUAUGAUAGAAAAUAACUGUUUCCAAUUAACGUAACUUUCCAUAAUCAUUCACUCAAUUUUGUAUUUAAUAUUUUCAAGACAUUAGAUUUGAUUCUCUCUUACUUAUAAAUAACGCAUCUCUUGUCUUGACUAGUUUCAGCUUAAUACAAAAGAUGAAUCAUCGUCUUCCCGGAAUAAUCAGCCCUCUCAGUUACAUAACUACCGAUCCUAUUCGAUCCUCUGUUAAGCCUCCGGUACCGGUUUACUGCAAAACCACAAUAAACCAUUUGAAAUCUCUAACCGGUCUCGAUGUUUCACCUGGCCUCACCAAUCAAGAGAUCUCAGCCGUUGAGUCCUCUAUCGGCAUCUCCUUCCCUCUUGAUCUCCGUUCGAUUCUUCAGACGGGUCUUCCGGUGGGUACCAAGUUCCCCAAUUGGCGAUCCGGGUCGACCCGGAAUAACCUCCUCCUUCUCUUCAAUCUCCCUCUUCUCCAUGUAUCCAAACUCGUCGUCAGAAACGGAUUCUGGGUCGAUUCUUGGGGAACCCGACCCGGGUCCGACGCGGAGGCUUUGUCGCUCGUUAAGAAGUUCGUGGAGUUCGCUCCGGUUCUCGUCCCCGUCUACGAGAACUUCUACGUCCCUUCGACGACCCCGAAUUUGGCGGGAAACCCUGUGUUUCGAAUCGACGGCGACGGAGUUACCGUUCUGAGCUGCGACGUCGCUGGGUUUCUCCAAGGACUGAGCGGAUCGGACGGUAUUCGGGAUCCCGGUGAUUCGCGACGACGGCGUCGGGUGGAAUUUUGGACUGACGUGGCGGAGAGAGGGAGGAUGACGGUGGCGCGUGGUCCCACGCGCGGAUGGUGGAGCGCUCUGAGCUGCGACGAGAGGAUAAGGGCGUGUUUGGACGACGCGUUUUGGAAGCUGAGAGAGGCGGGAUGGAAAGAAGAUGAAGUUCGCGAGAUGAUGGUGAUGGACGGAGUAGAUGGAGACACGUGUACGGAGGAUGAAGAUUAUCGGAGAGGCGGAGAGGUAACGACGUUGAGGGCUCUGCUGUAUUCUCAAGAGCCGUGACCCGUGAGGUUGUAUGACCGUUGGAUUAGCUAAAAGUUGAUAAGUUUGUUAUGUUUUUUUUUUUUUUUUGUAACACAUGAGUUAGUUAUGUAGAUGACUAACGUUGUCUAUGGUUUAGAUGAAAAUAAAUUUUUUUUUGGUGGA